AUGGCAUCCAGAUGCGAGAUCCUCUGUGAGAUCCUGCUCGCAAUAUUCCUUCCUCCUCUCGGCGUUUGCCUCCGCCAUGGCUGCUGCACCGUCGAAUUUUUCAUCUGCUUGGUCUUGACGAUAUUGGGUUACGUCCCUGGAAUAAUUUACGCCCUCUACGCCAUCGUCUUCAUCGAUCGCGACAGGUUCCGUGGGGAUUACUACCAGCUAGCCUAG